AUGCCCACCACCAUUGUCGCCCCCCUCGCCAUCCUCCCGGGAAGCCACGCCCCACAGCCUGCCACCAUCGUAUACGAUAACGGCGUCAUCACCAGCAUCCGCCCCGGCCUCCUCGCUAAAGACGCUGUUGAGGGGGACCUCAUCGAGGUGGCUGAGGGCAAAGUCCUGCUCCCAGGUCUUUUAGACGCGCACGUUCAUCUCAACCAGCCAGGUCGAACAGCAUGGGAAGGGUUCCAGACGGGAACGCUGGCGGCCCUUGCCGGCGGUGUGACUACCCUCAUCGACAUGCCCCUCAACUCAAUCCCCCCCACCUGCACAGUCGAAGGACUUUAUGCAAAGCGGGCAGAGGCCAAGAGAGUCGGAAUCAAGACUGAUGUAGGCUUUUGGGGUGGUAUCAUCCCGGGGAACGCGGGGGAGCUCAAGCCAUUGCUGAAAGAGGGCGUCAAGGGAUUCAAGUGUUUUUUGAUCGAGUCGGGAGUCGAUGAAUUUCCCUGCGUGGACGAACAAGACCUAAUUAAAGCCUGUGACGCUCUUGAGGGUACCAAUGCUCUCGUCAUGUUCCACGCCGAGAUGGACUCUCAUCCUCACUCUUCUAGUCCUCCUGACCCUACUCAUUAUUCAACAUUCCUUGCCUCUCGCCCCCCCACUUGGGAGAUUGAUGCUCUGUCUCUCAUUCUCCGCCUCGCAAAGAAGUACUCUGGGCUGCGAUUCCACAUCGUUCAUCUUUCGGCUGCCGGUGCGGUCCCCUUGAUCAAAAAGGCCAGAAAAGAGGGAUUGUCCAACCUGACAGUCGAGACAUGCUUCCACUACAUCUGUCUCAGCGGCGAGGACAUUCCCGACAAUGCCACACAGUACAAGUGCUGCCCGCCUAUUCGAGAUGAAGCCAACCGAAAAUUGAUUGUCGAAGCUCUUCUUGAUGGGACCAUCACCUAUCUCGUCUCUGACCACUCCCCCUGCGUGCCCGAAUUGAAAAAGGGCGAUUUCAUGUCUGCCUGGGGAGGCGUAUCUGGUCUCGGCUUUGGUCUGUCUUUGACUUGGACUCUUUUGGGGGGAAAGGGAGGGCGUGUGGAGCUCGGUCAGAUCGUUGAGUGGAUGGGGUCUACGCAAGCCCUUCAGGUGAUGCUGAAGGGAAAGAAAGGUGAACUGAUGGUUGGAGCUGAUGCGGACUUUGUGGUGUUUGACCCCGAUGCGGAAUGGGAAGUGACCCUCGACACGUUGCGUUUCAAGAACAAGGUCUCGCCGUACCUUGGUAAGACGCUCAAGGGGCUGGUGGAGAAGACAUACCUUGGAGGCAAGCUUGCUUGGGACCGAGGAAAGGAGGUCAACGAUGUUGUGGGGAAGUUUGUUUAG